AUGUGCCAGUGCAAGACGAUGCUGCUGUGCGGGGUUAGUCAGCACUGGCGCGGGGCGUCGCCCUGCCGUGCCGGGCAUACAAAGCCGGAUAGUUUGGCACGCGAGGCCGUGAUUGAACGGGUCUGCGUGUGUCCGCCUGUGAUGGAUCGCAUUCUGUUACGGAAGACGCAGAUCAUCGGGCAGUUCAUGGACUGCGAGUACCGCGAGCAGUACCGGCCCACCGCCGCCCUCCACAUUCACUACAAAUCCGUCGGCCUCAACGAGCGCCUCUACCAGCUGGCUAUCCUCGACCUCCCCGCCCCGGUGGCCACACCUACUACCAGCCGCAGCAGCACCAACCCCCCGAAGCUGCCCCCCGAAUGGGAGGCUAUCGUCCACGCCCCGCCCGCUCCCGCCGACGCCCUGGCCUACAUCCUGGUCUUCGAUCUGACUUCUGACGACUCCUUCGCCUACAUCCGCCGACUGCGCGAGCAGCUGCCGGAGUUAGGCGGUGGCGGGACUGCAACGCCGCCACCGACACUCAUCGUCAUGGGCAACAAGUACGAUGUGCUGCACGGCCAACGCGGACACUUGAGUAAGCGGUAUGCGGAAAUGGUCAACGUCAUCCGCAAGCAGUGGAAGUGGCACUACGUAGAGUGUUCGGCUAAGUACAACUGGAACAUUCAGCACGCCUUCAAAACCCUGACCAAACUCAUGGAGAAUCGUCUGUACGGGAAUGUCCGCUCCACGGAGCGGUUAUUCCCGGUGCUGCGCCGCAACCGCUGCACGCUUUGCUGA